CACUCCCCAUUAAGCACACUCGUAAAACACACAAAUACACAGGAGUGCGAGAAUCUGAAUGCGUGCGUGUGAAAGUUUUGUCUCGGCGGAAUUGGAGGGAGUUUCUCUAUUUUCAUUCAAGUCCUCCGUUUCCAUCAAUCAUCAUUAACAUUUCAUAGCUCUCUCUCUCUCUCUCCUCUUCAUCUUCUUUAGCCCGCUCCUUCUAAAACCCUAGUCAUGUGAAUCCCCAUUCCUCUCUCUCUCUAGAUCUGCACAUCUCUUCAUCUCUCCAUUCAACUCAAAAACUCAUUUCAAUAUUGAAAACAAGAGCACACUCAAAUGAACCUCUAAAAUGGGUCUUCUGGGUUUCCUCUGUUUCAGUCUCCUCGUUGUUUGAACUUUUCAAUCUCACAAAUUUCACUAAUGUCACAAAUGCGCGGCGGCGGAGGCGGUGGCGGUGGGUUUGAUCCGAGCAAUCUACAUUUGAAGAAGGAACUAACCCAAAUCAGAAAAGCCGCUAAAGUGUUGAGAGAUCCAGGGACAUGCUCUUCCUGGCGGUCCCCUCUCAGCUCCGCCAGAUCCGCCGUGGCGAUGAAUGCAGCAGCUUCGUCUUCCAACCACCAAUAUCACCACCACCACCACCACCACCACCGCAAGAGCAGCAUAACCGCCGACCCAUUUCGAGUCGAAACCAAUGGCGGCAAUUCGAGAGACAAGAAGGUGUUUCUCUACAAUUGGAGGACUCAGAGAUCGUCGAGCGAGAAGAGCAUAUCGACGACUGUGAAAUCGGAGAAGAGAACUCGGCUUGAUGAUGAUGAAGAUUGUGAUGAUGAUGGGAAUGAUGGAUCGUCUUCUUCGAUUCCAGAAGAGAGUAUGGAAGAUAGCUUGAGCGAUGCGCGAAAUCGUGGUGGAGGAGGAGACUCCAAGAGUGAUACUUAUAUUGCUGAUCGGUAUGCUUCUAUGAUCUUCAAAUGCGAAGGCACAAACUUUACUCAUUCGAUCAAACGUAAUGCGAUUAAGAAGAAAUCUAAGAAAAAUACCCAUUUAGCUAAUUUAUUAAGACAACAAAUUGUUCAAACUAGGAAUUCAAAGCAAGCUUUAGAGGGUUUGCCUAAAAUUGCUUUAGGAUUGGGUAGAGAUGACUCUGUGAGUCUGGUUGCCCAAUCUGAUGAUACAGAGGACUAUUGUAACUCUGAGGAUUUGCGGCGAUAUUCAGCUGCCUCGCCGUUGCUUUCGAGGCUUAAGCACAAGAAUUGGUCUCACUCAUCAUCUAAAUUUUUGAGAAACAGUCGAAAAGAGGACUCGUCUUACUCUUAUAGUACACCGGCAUUGUCAACGAGUUCUUACAAUAGGUAUGUGAAUCGGAAUCCAAGCACAGUUGGAUCUUGGGAUGCCACAACUGGGUCCUUCAAUGAUGGGGAUGAUGAGGUGGAUGAUCAGUUGGAUUUUUCGGGUCGGAAUGGAUGUGGGAUUCCUUGUUAUUGGUCAAAGAGGUCAACCCCAAAACAUAGAGGGGCUUGUGGAAGUUGUUAUUCGCCUUCGCUUUCUGAUACUUUGAGGAGAAAAGGAAGCAGCAUUUUGUGUGGUGGCCAAAGUAUGUAUCAUAGUCGACGUAGGGGAUCAUCAUCCGGUUCCAAAAAGAGAAGAUUUGCUUCUAGGACUGCUCGAGGACUUAUACCAUUGCUAACCAAUAGUGGUGAUGGCCAUGGAGGCUCGUCUAUAAAUAGUGAUGAUGAGCUCUCGACAAACUUUGGGGAGUUAGAUUUGGAGGCUUUGAGUCGGUUGGAUGGUAGGAGGUGGUCGGCUAGCUGUAGAAGUCAAGAAGGAUUAGAGGUUGUAGCUCUAAAUGGGGAAGGAGAUGGGGAAAGUACACCGGAAAAUAUCAGGAGCUUAAGCCAGAAAUAUAGGCCAAUGUUCUUUGAAGAAUUGAUUGGGCAGAACAUUGUUGUUCAAUCUCUUAUGAAUGCAAUCUCAAGGGGAAGGAUUGUCCCGGCUUAUUUAUUCCAAGGUCCUCGUGGGACUGGGAAGACAUCUACGGCCAGGAUUUUUGCUGCUGCCUUGAAUUGUCUUGCCACUGAAGAAACUAAACCAUGUGGGGUGUGUAGAGAAUGCGGGGAUUUCAUCUCUGGUAAGAACAGGGAUCUUAGGGAAGUUGAUAGCACCAGUAAGAAGGGAAUUGAAAGAGUUAGGCACCUUUUGAAAAACUUGUCAGUUGGGCCUUCAUCGGCGUUUUUGCGAUACAAAGUUUUCGUUAUUGAUGAGUGUCAUUUGUUGCCUUCUAAGACGUGGAUGGCAUUGCUCAAGUUUCUUGAGGAACCGCCUCCACGUGUUGUGUUCAUAUUCAUGACAACUGAUCUUGACAACGUGCCCCGUACUGUGUUGUCCCGGUGCCAGAAGUACAUCUUUAACAAAAUCAAGGAUAACGACAUUGUGGUCAGGUUGAGAAAGAUUUCUGCUGACGAGAAUUUAGAUGUCGAAGCAGAUGCACUGGAUUUGAUUGCAUUGAAUGCAGAUGGUUCGCUUCGAGAUGCUGAAACUAUGCUAGACCAGUUGAGUUUGCUUGGAAAGAGAAUUACUACAUCUCUUGUGAAUGAACUUGUUGGGGUGGUUUCUGAUGAAAAGUUACUGGAACUAUUAGAGUUAGCCAUGUCAUCGGACACUGCUGAAACGGUAAAAAGAGCCAGAGAGUUAAUGGACUCGGGGGUUGAUCCAAUGGUUGUGAUGUCUCAGUUGGCCACCCUCAUUAUGGAUAUCAUUGCUGGAACAUACCAAAUCAUAGAUUCGAAGUACAAUGAUUCAUCCUUUGGUGGGAGAAGUUUGACUGAACCAGAAUUGGACAGACUGAAGAAUGCUUUGAAGCUUCUUUCAGAGGCUGAGAAACAGCUAAGAGUUUCAAGUGAGCGUUCCACAUGGUUCACAGCAACCUUAUUACAGCUAGGAUCAGUGUCUUCAUCAGAUGCAACUCAGUCAGGAAGCAGUAGGAGGCAGAGCUCAAAGACAACUGAGGACGAUCCAUCUAGUGCUAUUAGAGAGACUAUUAUGUCCCAAAAGCAGAGGCUUGAUUCUCACUAUACCCCCCAAAAGUCAACUUCUCCUUCCUCCUUGCCUAAGGGUGCUCUCCAAAAUUUGACCAAUCAAGAGGAUCAUUUCCUACUAACUAAUGGUCCCAAUAUCAAUUCCGAGCAAACGCAAUGCCGUUUUUUGAAUGAUGGUGGUGAUCAGUCAGCUGUCUCACACGAUGAUGUUGUGGUCGGUAGUUUGAUAUCAAGAUGCAUAAAAUCAGUUAAGUUGGAUGAUAUAUGGGUGCGAUGUAUUGAAAGAUGUCAUUCUAAGACACUGCAGCAGCUGCUUCUCACUCAUGGGAAGCUCAUCUCUGUCUCCGAAGUUGAAGGUCUUUUUAUUGCUUAUGUUGCGUUUGGGGAUAAAGACAUUAAAGCCAGAGCCGAAAGAUUUUUAAGCAGCAUCACAAACUCAUUUGAAAUUGUUUUGCGAUACAAUGUAGAGGUUAGAAUUAUACUGUUGCCAGAUGGUGAAACUUCCAUAAACAGUGGGAAAACAGUUGCAUUGUUAGAUUCUUUGGGUCAGAAGCAGAUGGACACAACUGAGAUGAUUAACAGGGAAAGAAAAGCAAUUUGCUCAAAAUCUACGGAUGGGCUUUCUGAUCUUGAUUUGCGUCGGGAACCGCUGAAAGUAUCUAGUAGAAGUUUUGAUGAUACUCCUAUCCCAUUGGCAGAAGGGAACACUAAAACAAGUGGUACGAAGGAGAGGGUUCCGGUGCAGAGAAUAGAAUCGAUUAUCCACGAGCAGAGGUUAGAAACUGCGUGGUUACAGGCUGUGGAGAAAGGUACUCCCGGAUCUUUGAGUCGUUUGAAACCUGAUAAGAAUCAAAUCCUGCCUCAAGAAGGCUUAUAUCCUCAAAAUCAGAUGGAAUCCAUAAAUUCCAUGGAUUUAACAUCCCAGCGUUGGGAAAAUGAAUUAAACCAUGAAAUCAAGAUUUUGAAGAUUAAUGAUGAAAAGGCAGUCCAGAAGGACCAGAUUGGUAAAAGGAUCGAUCACUGCCCCAUCUCACCAAGCUUGUUGCAUGAUAGCAGCUUUUUGGGCAAUUUCAGCAAAGAGAGCAUGGGAUACGAAUCGGGGACGGGAGCUGGGGGUUGCAGUGGCCUUUUCUGUUGGAAUAAUACCAAACCUGAUAAAAGGGCAAAGGUUAAACAAAGGACUAUUGUUCGAUCAGACAAAGGUGUGCGAUUUUCAUGGUUCGGAGAAUGUGCCAAGCCGAAGAAGACUGAGAAUAGAAUCAGAGGAUAAGAGCAAUGUGUUUCUCCUCCUUCGUAAAAUAUAUUUUUUUAAUAUUUACUUUUCGUGUAGAGCCAUUUUUCAUGGAAAUCGGGGUAUUGAAGAGAAGAAUGUAAAGUUUGUGCAGCUGGAUUCCUGCAGUUCUCUAGAUCCGGCCAAUUUUUGUGAAAGCAAAUAAGGAAAAAGAAAAAGAAAAAGGGACAUCUUCUCCCCCAUGAAGAACAAUUCCUUGCAUUACUAGUAUUUUGGAUGAACUUUAAAAGAAAAAAAAAAAGAAAAAAAUCAUCAAGGUCUUGUUUGGCUCCAUAUAGACUAUAGAACGAAAUGAAAAAGACGUAAGAAUGGGAAAUAGUGGCAUAUGUUCCAAUUUUCGGUUCAUAUUAUAUUUGUGUAUAUAUGCAGCAUGAUCAGAGAUGAAAUGCCCAUUUCUCGAUCACCAAGCAUGUCUCAAUUUAUUCAGUACUUGGGCUUCUAGGGCAUAUUCUGAUUCUAGCUAUGGACAACAAGGGUUGUAUUGAUAACUAUUGGACAACACAGUUUCAUGGACCGGAAACAAAUUCCGAUUCCAGACAGUGCCUGAUGUAGCUACCCGGUAAUUAUUCAGUUGUUCUAGGGCACCAACUCUAGCUCAUGCUCGAACCGCUAAGGGUUGUAAUUAUGGGAUGAGUGGAGCUGAUAUGACCUAUUAUGGUCGGCUGGAUGGAAACUGUCUAUUCAGUAGUAGUUUAAAAGCUUGGUUUAUAUUUGCAAUUUAGAUGAUUGCUUUAUGAUAUUGUUAGUUAAUUUGGAUUUUUAU